ACCGUUUUCCGAUCCUCAUACUGGUCUUUUGGAACCCAAGAUCUAAAAACGUCACCACAAUGAAGUGUCCACCUAAGGGAUUCUCUAGGUAUCACAUUCUGAACCUCUUGGACAACACGACCUCAUUUUUGUCACCUCCAUAUUCCAAACGCCAAACAGGGAAACGAGAACAAGGAUCCAGUCCUUUUUAGAUCUUGUAUUUAGACUACAAGUCUCUCCAAACAGACAAGAUGCAGGACGAUAGCCAUUUGACCGAGGCCCAGAAGAAGGCCAAGCGCGCCAAGAAGUUCUCCUACCGUGGUAUCGAGUUGGAGAAGCUCCUUACCAUGGACAACCAGGAACUCAUUGGUUUGAUGAACGCUCGUCAGCGCAGGAAGUUCUCUCGCGGUACUCUUUGAUUUACUGUUUUUGGUCGACUAAGUUUUCGGUAUUGUAUUCAAUGUCAUUAGAGUUGAUUCAGAGUCUGCUGUUAGAAAACCCGAUUUAGAGUACUCCGAGAACCCUUUAGAUCAUUCAGGGCUGGACGGAAAAUACCCUUAUGGCGGAAGCGGCGCCAUACAAUUCGUGUAAUCUCAUCUCAAACCAACUACACUAAUUCGUGUCACCCACUCGAAACACAGGUAUCUCCCGUGCCCCCACCACGCUUCUGAAGAAGCUCCGUGCCGCCAAGUUGGAGACCGCCUACGGAGAGAAGCCGAACGCCGUCAAGACUCACUUGCGUAACAUGGUCAUCGUUCCGGAGAUGGUUGGUUCCAUCGUCGGCGUCUACAACGGAAAGCAGUUCAUCAACGCCGAAGUCAAGCCGGAGAUGAUCGGUAUAAAUUUUUUGGGAUUUGGAUGUUUGUUUAGAUUUUAGUGAUGUUGCAAUGUAACCAAAGCUGUUUGUAUUUCGUACCCUGGGAAAACUACACCACGCUUUUUCUGACUCUGAUAUGUCGAGACAUGCUCUGGAGAGGUCAAGGCAACGCAUCCUAACAUCAUUCCAAAUAUUAAAAUCACAGGUACUUACCUCGCUGAGUACGCUAUCACAUACAAGCCGAUUCGCCACGGAAAGCCGGGUAUGGGCGGCGCCGCCUCCCGCUUCGUUCCGUUCUAAGUCGUGUAUCUCUUGAGAACAUAUCGGAUUUAGAAAUGGCGAGAUGCUUGGACAUGCUCGGGAUGGUAGACGAGGAGAUAUGUGAAGCGAUGAUGCUUGGUCGUGGAAGGACGGUCAUGAGCCGAUCAUACAGUGAACAACUUCACAAGAAAGCGCAUGUCUCAUUCAAACUCGUCUUCUAAAUCGUCUUGUCAAACCUGUUUCUUAAGGAGGAAAAGAAAAAGGACAUCUCAAAAAAGACGUCUGCACUCGAUGCAGGCUACAAGACCAACCCGCUUGUCGCAAACUAUCUCUCUGAAGUAAAAAGUGUGUUUUG